AUGCGAAUGCGAGUCACAGAACUUGGCGUCUUAGCCAAUCUUGUCAUCUCGGUAGGCGCGUUGACCGUAGGUCGGAACCCACUCCAGGCUCGCGGCCCUGUUGCUUCUAGCUCGGCACCUCCUUCGUCUUCCCCUACCGGAGAUGCUUGGAAAACCAUGCAGUGCUCCCAAGUCCAGGGUGACCCUGCAAAUCAAUGGCAGCAGGCAGAUGCAAAGUCUGCAUGGGACACCACAAUUGCAGCUUGGAAGGACCAGCCAAGCACCGAUGGCUUCUCACAGUUCUUCAGCAACUAUAUUCAUGGGCCUCAAGGCAUGAGAUGUAGCGACAUUGGGACCGAGAACCGUUGCUCCCAGCCCGUGGAGUGCGAAGAUGCUAGGAUUCCAGCCGGUGCUAUGAUUCUGAAUGGAUUUACCGGUAUCCAUCAGAUUCACGCAUCAGUUUUCCAAGCUAUCGAGCUUGCCCGGGCUAGUGUGACGAACAACGUUGGCACCUUCACAUCUGCAUUCGCCCCUCAGCCUAAAGAUAACGGCGCCAUGAUAAAGAUGAUCAUCGAUGCUGCCAUGCUAGUUGUCAGCUUUGGCACAUCUAUGCUAUAUAACGUGGUCCUUCAAAAUGCGGCGAAUGUAAUCGGUAAAGCCAUUGCCGCUGAUAUGACAGGUGCUAUGCUAUCUACCGCUGUUACCUAUUAUAAGACGAAUAUGAAAGGCGCGAUAGAGGGACUUCAGGUCCAGAACACUAUUGAUUCUUUUGUAGGUGUGACAAUGACAUCAUGGAAGAACAUGGAGACAUCUUAUCUCAAGACAAUAUUUGCUGGGGCCGACCCGAGUGGUAUCGAAAGCCUCUAUGCUACAAUAAACAAUGGUACGAUAGCCGCAGCUACGGACAAGCUUGACCUUGCCGACACGAGCACCGAGAUCGAAAAGAUCCUCUACGGUCAGAUGAUCUCGUAUGCAUGGAGUGUUUCUCCAGAUAAGGCGCGUCCAUUUGUUUGGCAGAGCGCAGUGUAUUGCGAUGAAAGCACCACGCCUCUCUCCAAGGGCACUUUCGUUGAAAAUUCAUCUUUAAGCAAGAUCUAUGUUUGCUAUAAAAAUAAGAUGCAUCUGCUGGUGAACGCUCAUGAAAUCAAAGGCACCGGCUUCUCUAGUUCCGUUCUUCCGGGUGGAGAACAUGAUACUCUAAAUGGAAAGGACUAUGGCGGGAUCACAAUUGAGGACAUCGUCAUCAGUAGUGUGGACGGAUGGACCCAAAAUAAUCAACAAAAUGGGUACCCGAGGGCUGAUAUUGACAGUAUCGUGAACAGCUUUGGUGGGGAUAAUGUCCCUAGUGUCCGAACUCCUGGAUUCUUCAAUUUGCCGAUUUGUCUCAAUGCUGGCAAGGCUGAGGACAACAUAAGAUAUGGCUGGGGUAAUAAUUCACCAUAUUGGCCCUGUGAAAACCCUGAGGGAUAUACCAGCACUGGUACCAAUCUUCAUGUUAAAAAGGGCUGCAUUCUGAUCAACGAUGCAAAGCGCUGCGCGAAUUGGGGUGGAGCGUAUAACGUCGCAGAUCAGAAUACUGCCAACAGCACUGCCACUAUAUACGCCAUGUUCAAAGGUACAAGUGAAAAACUUGUCGACAAGGAGGUUCCUGGCUGCAAGCUUGUGGCAUCAUGGCCUCGCGAGUGGGGUGAUUUGGACUUCACCGAGGACAAUUGUCUUGAGGACCGCAGCCAGUUGUAUAAACAGUGCUGCAACGCGGAGACGAAGAAUACCGAUCUUGUCGACAAUCCAUACGGCCCUUGA